GUUCUGAGAGAGGAGCAAAAAAGGGUGUCCUGAGCUCAUCGGCUCCCAAGUAGCUACCGAAUCACCGGGAAACUGGGGACCUCCCGUCUCACGGCAGCGCGGAAUAUCGAUAUAGAAGCAAGCAAUGGAUCUGUCUCUUUUGGCUGUGAUUUGUGCAUUUAUGCUGGGCUGUAUCGGCCACUCAUCGGCUGCUGAUAGGAAAAAAAUGUCUCCAGAAAACUUGUUGGUGAUCACAGCCGCCACAGAGGAAACAGAUGGCUUCAAACGAUUCAUGAGAACUGCCAGAGAGUUCAAUUAUACUGUGAAGGUGCUUGGCCUGGGUGAGGAGUGGAAAGGAGGUGAUGUGGCGCGCACUGUAGGUGGAGGUCAAAAGGUGCGCUGGCUGAAGAAUGAACUCCAGAAGCACGCCGACAAAGAGGACCUCAUCAUCAUGUUUGUGGACAGUUAUGAUGUGAUCUUUGCAAGUGGGCCUAAGGAGCUGCUGCAGAAGUUCUCCCAGCUGGGUCACAGGGUGGUGUUCUCCGCCGAGGGCUUCUGCUGGCCUGACCAGCGCCUGGCCCCUAAAUACCCGCCUGUCCUCAAUGGCAAGCGCUACCUCAACUCUGGAGGUUUCAUUGGCUAUGCUUCUGACCUCUAUAAUAUUGUGAAGCAGUGGAAGUUAAAAGAUAAUGAUGAUGACCAGUUGUUCUACACCAGGAUCUACCUCGACAAAGAACAAAGAACACGGUUUAACAUGACACUGGACCACCGCUCUCAUCUGAUUCAGAAUCUCAAUGGUGCCCUUGAGGAGGUGGUGCUGAAGUUUGAGAAAGCUCGUGUACGUGCUCGAAAUGUGGCCUAUGACACACUUCCUGUCAUCAUCCAUGGUAACGGACCAACUAAGUUGCAGCUGAACUACCUUGGUAACUACGUUCCGACUGCCUGGACAUAUGAGAAUGGUUGUGGAACCUGUGAUGAUAACCUCCUCUACUUCAAUGAUGUGCCGGAUGAAGAAAUGCCAAUAGUUCACAUCGGUGUGUUUAUCGAGCAGCCGACUCCAUUCAUGGAGGAGUUCCUUGAGCGUCUAGCCACCCUCAACUACCCACACUCACGCCUGCGUCUGUUCAUACACAAUAACGUGGUGCAUCAUGAGCGACACAUUGAGCAGUUCUGGGCCCGUCACCGUUCUCUGUUCCCCUCGGCAACCAUCAUUGGCCCAGAGGAGAACAUGCAGCAGGCUGUGGCCAGAACCCAGGCAGUGGAGGCCUGUAAGAAGGACCCCAGCUGUGACUACUACUUCAACAUCGACUCUGAGGUGGCUCUGAUCAACCCUGAUAUCCUGCGCAUCCUCAUCGAGGAAAACAAGCCUGUGAUUGCUCCCAUGCUGUCUCGCCACGGGAAGCUCUGGUCCAACUUCUGGGGCGCUCUGAGCCCGGAGGGUUUCUACUCACGCUCUGAGGACUACAUUGACAUCGUCCAGGGCAAACGAGUUGGUGUGUGGAACGUGCCUUACCUAACUCAGGUAUACCUGAUCCAGGGCUCCAUACUCCGCUCACGCCUCAAGGCAGUCAGCAUCUACCAGCAGGAUGGCACAGACCCAGACAUGGCCUUCUGCCGUUCUGUCCGAGACCAGGGGGUGUUCAUGUUUGUGUCAAAUAGAGAUGAGUUUGGGCGCCUCAUCUCCACCACCAAUUACAACACCACCCGGCUCCACCCAGACAUGUGGCAGAUCUUCGACAAUCCUGUGGACUGGAAGGAAAAGUACAUCCAUGAGAAUUAUUCAAAGAUCUUUGAGGAAGAUGAGAAAGUGGUGGAACAGCCGUGCCCAGAUGUGUACUGGUUUCCGGCAUUUUCUGAACGUAUGUGUGAUGAGCUGGUUGAGACCAUGGAGGACCAUGGUGAAUGGUCCAAUGGUAAUCACAAGGAUGAGCGUCUAAGUGGAGGCUAUGAAAAUGUACCUACAGUAGACAUCCACAUGAACCAGAUCCAGUUUGAGAAGGAGUGGCUCAAGUUCCUCAAGGAGUACAUUGCCCCGGUCACUGAAAAACUUUACCCAGGCUACUUCCCAAAGGCUCAGGCGAUCAUGAACUUUGUUGUGCGGUACCGUCCAGAUGAGCAGCCUUUUCUGAGACCCCACCACGACUCCUCCACAUUCACCAUCAACAUCGCCCUCAACAGCAAGGGCAAAGACUACCAGGGUGGUGGCUGCCGGUUCCUGCGGUAUGACUGUAAGGUGGAGGCCCCGCGCAAGGGCUGGUCCUUCAUGCACCCUGGCCGGCUCACCCACUAUCACGAGGGCCUGCCCACCACGCAGGGCACACGCUACAUCAUGGUGUCCUUUGUAGACCCCUAACGGUUUGUGAUUGUUACCUGCCCUCCGGCAUUAACUAAUGAGCACCCUGGCUAUAUAGCCCAUCUGUAGAGGAGCCAGCCAAAACAAUCCACCAGACUCUAGAACAGAUCCAUCCCGGAGUUCUCUGUCACCUGGGGUGUUACGUUGGAAUAAUGUGCACACUGAAUGUAAAGUGAGUGUCAUCGGGCCAGAACUGUACAUGAUGACAGAUCACAGUGUGGAGGCAAAUUGAUUCAUUGUGGACAAGAGGCACAUUAAAAAAAAAAAAAGAUAUUUCAGGCAGGCCUUUCCUUUUCCAAAGACCCACCUAAAAAUCCCUCUUUAGCUGUUAGCCAAAGAUUUUCAAUCCCCCUGCCCUGCCAGUUUUUGGCUUGAUUUUGAUUUUUCAAAUGCUGCUUAUGCUGUUAUCAUUCCACAUGUACUCCCCCCUCCACCACCACUACCAGUCAUAUAGGGUAGCACAUGUGUGGCUCCAUGAGACCACAGUAGGGUACAAGUCUCGUCUAGAUGGAGGAUUUGGAUAUCCCUGCUGAAGAGAGUGCCAUACAUAUGCAAUACAUCUGUGCAGUACCACUGUGAUUCACUUUAUUGUUGUUUUUUGUACCUCUGACCACCUUUGUAGCACUGUACAUGACCCACCCCAAUGCUUUACAGAAUAUUUUGAUAUUGUUAAAGGUAGUCAGCCAUUUUGGCAGAAGUUAGCCCUUAUGAAACUCAAGAAAUUCAAUGAGUAACACUCUCAUUCCACUCUCGUCCAGCUAAUGCAACUGUAUUUUCCAGCUAUAUAUUAUAUAACCAGAUAUUAACACACAGGGCAACUUCGUAGUCCUUGUGAUCUACAUCACCUCAAUUUUGAGGAGGUGCACGUCAGCUGAUAGUGUGGGGCUUGAAUGGGAUUACACGGCAACACAGAUGCUCUGCAUAGCGACAGUGUCGAUUUGAUGGAGAAUAAUGAAUUGUAUUUUAGUUGGUGAUUGGCUGGAUUUUUAUUUUCAAAUACUAUAUCAUACGGUUGAAAAUUAGUAAGAUUUCACCAAAUGCUACAGAAAGUAUUCUGAAUAGAAAUAGCUGAUUUUAUCUUUAACGUGGGUUAGAUAUUACCUUUUUUAGCAGCUAUUAGGAUAGAAUUGGUGGCCGAAUGACUGACUUGAAAUGCUAGCCUCCACUGAGAAAAUGGGUCAGUAACUACCAAGGUCUUAUAUAUCCGUGACUAUACUGUGGACAUCAUUGAGUCAUACCCUUGCUUUGUGAAGAAAUCAAGCCAUUUGUUGAAAUGAGAGCUGCCAUGUGUUCAAAUUAGAACCGGAUUGUGCAUAAUGUAACGGAGGUGAACUGAGCUAGCAUGCUAGUUGCGCGUGUAAAUCCUCACACCCCUAACCUUAAGAACGCUUCUAACCGCUGAGUUGGAAGCCUGGGCUUUUAGCUCAGUGGUUAGAGCGUUCGACUCCCAUGCCGGUGAGUGUUGAGGUGGCGGGUUCGAGGGCCAUGAGUGCCGGAUGAAUUACGACCUCUGUUACACAUAGUGAGUGCUUUUUGGAGCCAGAGCAUGCAUAUCACAAUAUCAGACAGGUCAGCCCAGCCUCAUAUUUUGUUUGAUCUGCUCUGUGCUUUGGUCCUGUCUAGUUGUUUCCCUUUCAGAAUAACUUCACAGUGUCCAUACAUUUUACCAUCAUUGACAUGACACUUGUUUAAGGGCCUUUCCUCUCCUUCAGCUGAAAACAGUAUCAUAACCUUUUGAUUUCAAGCAACUUUGGUAUAUGGAUCACCCAGUUGGCUACAUGGCUGUGGAAACAUUGAUCUACAACUGAGUGUGUCCUGGCAUAUCCUCUAACGCUACAAUGAGAGCCAAGUGUGUGCCUUGUGUUACCAUAAUGGCUGUGAUGUUCUAGAAAGUUUCAGUGGUUGUAUGUGGCUGGUUACUCUCAGUGUGUGUUGUUUGAGAUACAUGAAAAUCCAUGGCAGAUCAAUUGGUCAGCGUGUUUAUGAUCAUGAUUGAUGAGGCUGAUAGUCAUAAUGUAUACAUUUAAACUGAUGUUUGAUAUUUUUUAACACUCCACAGUUGGAUGAUAAAUAUUGUCUGAAAUUUAUGAUGGAUGUUCUUUUUUAUUCUUAUUCUAUAUUUUGCUUCUAACCAAAGAUCAUUAAAUAUCUGAAUAAAUAAGAAAGAAUAUUUUUAAAUGGGCUACAGUAGGAAAUGAGAAAGUAUUACAGUUUCACAACAACAUUGUGUUUUUUUUAGAGUUUUUUGUGUUAGAAACAAACUUCUGCCUUGUUUGUGAUGUUACAUCUGCCUGUACAAAGUGGCAUUAAAUUAUUUUUCUUCUUGAAAAUAAAAAUUGACAUUUUGCUUGUA